AUGAGUGAAGACAAAGUUUUAACGAGGAUCCCUCACUUCGAUGGUCACUAUGAUCAUUGGAGCGAGUUGAUGGAAAAUUUGCUCAGAGCAAAAAGGCUAUGGAGUGUGGUGGAGAUUGGUUUCUCAGAAAAAGAAGGAACAAAAUUUGCUCAGAGCAAAAAGGCUAUGGAUUGUGAUGGAGAUUGGUUUCUCAGAACCAGAGAAGGAACAAUGUUGACUGAGGCACAAAAGGGCCACCUUGAUGAUGCUAGACUCAAAGAUCACCAAGUAAAGCAUUACCUCUUCCAUGCAAUUGAUCGUACUGUCCUUGAACAAAUCUUGGAUCGUUGCACAGCCAAGAUUGUGUGGGACUCAAUGAAGCGAAAAUUUGGUGGAAACCAAGAAGUGAAGAAAUCUCUUCUUAAUGCACUAAGGAGAGAAUUUGAGAUCCUAGAGAUGAAGAAUGAUGAAAUAUCCAUUGAGAAAUCCAAAUAUACUGAUAAUAUGUCCAUUGAUGAAUUACAAAGUUCAUUGGUGGUGCAUGAACAAAAAUUUCGAAGAUCCAAUAUUAAUGGAGAGGAGCAAGUUAUAGAAGUCGAAGGACGUACAGAAAUAAGUAAUGGAGGAAGAGGAACUUACAGGGGCAGAGAACACGGAAGAGGAAGAUCAACUUUCAACAAAGCAACUAUGAAUAAGGAAUUGAAUUAUGCAGAGCUGGAAGAAGAGGAUGAAAUGUUGUUAAUGGCUCAUCUGGAAAGACAUGAAGCAAAAAAGAGUGAUGCUUGGUUCUUAGAUUCUGGUUGCUCAAACCAUAUGUGUGCAAGUGAAGGUAUGUUUUCAAGCUUAGACAAGACAUUUUCCCACAUUGUCAAACUUGGAAAUAAUACAAGUAUGAAAGCUAUGCGAAAGGGUGCAGAUUCCGAUGAAGGCUAUGAGAAAAAGGGAAGUGAGGAGAUGGUGUACAAACUCCAAAAGGCUCUCUAUGGAUUAAAACAAGCACCUAGAACCUGA